AUGCGACGAAGCUACGAGGACGCCGUGCGACAAUUCAAGCGACGAUCCGUGGGGUGUGCUGGCCGCGAUGCCUGCCGGUGGUGUGGGUGUCUGUGUCUGUGCCUGUGGGACACGAGGCUGGGUGGCACCAUGGCCAUGGGCGCUAGUGCCACAUGUGUGGUGUCGGUGGAUGCCCAUGCUGAUGCAAUGCAACCCGUGAAGACAUUUUGGCAUUGCCCCACUGCGCGAGUGCGGCUGAUUUUCCGCUCUCGUGUCGCCGCCUGUCGCGCGCACAGCGUGCUGUCCGCAGCGCCAACCAUGGCCGCCUCGCACCUGCUCGCGCCACCCACCACCAUCGUCCCUGGCGCGCUCUCCGCGCGCUUGCGCCCCGCCGAUCUUCCCCAUAUGCGCGCCACUGCCCUCUUCCCUCUAUCCCGCCCCGCCGCUCUCGCCCCUUUGGGAGUUUCCCCUCGAGCGCCACAGCCCGUGCGCGCAGCAUCAGCGGAUCUCCCCGCGCCAGCUCCCCUCAGCAGCGCUCCCGCCCUGAGCGACCGCCGCUCGCUGCUAAUCGGCGCUCUCGCCGCAGCUUCCGCCGCAAGUCUCGGCGCGGCCGGCGCGGCGCAGGCGGCGGAGUGCGAGCUGCAGGAGACGCCGUCGGGGCUGCAGUUCUGCGACCAGGUGGAGGGCGCGGGCGACGAGGCCAGCGCCGGCACGCGCAUCCAGGCGCACUACGCGGGGCGGCUGCUGUCAGGCGUGGUGUUCGACAGCAGCUACGACCGCGGGCGCCCGCUGGUGUUCCGCGUGGGCGUGGGGCAGGUGAUUCGAGGGUGGGACCUGGGCAUUCUGGGCGGACCAGGCAUCCCGCCCAUGAAAGCAGGGGGCAAGCGCACACUGCGCAUCCCAGCGGACCUCGCCUAUGGUAGCAGAGGGGCAGGAUGCAGGGGAGGCGUGUGUCGCAUCCCCCCGGGGUCGGACCUCAUAUUUGACGUGGAGUACCUGGGUACUGCAUAG